AUGUCCGUUUUAACGUUACAAAUAAUUUCUUUCUUUCUUUCUUUCUUUCUUUCUUUCUUUCUUUCUUUCUUCCCGCGCGCUUCCGUGGCUUUCAAGAUUUUCCUCAUUUCUAACUUCUCGUUACACUCAACAAAACAGCUGUAUAACACAUCUAUCUAUCUAUCUAUCUAUCUAUCUAUCUAUCUAUCUAUCUAUCUAUCUCAGUCUGUUCCUAUCUAUCUAUCUAUCUAUCUAUCUAUCUAUCUAUCUCAGUCUAUUUGUAUGCAUACAUGUGUGUAUCUAUCUAUCUAUCUAUCUAUCUAUCUAUCUAUCUAUCUAUCUCAGUAUAUUUGUAUGUAUGCAUGCAUGUACGUAUGUGCGUAUCUAUCUAUCUAUCUAUCUAUCUAUCUAUCUAUCUAUCUACAAUCAGGCAUGGAAUUUUCUCUCGGCUCGAUAAACUGUUGCAUUCUGAAUGCAAGUAUCAAGAAAUGGAUCAUAUCUAUCUAUCUAUCUAUCUAUCUAUCUAUCUAUCUAUCUACGAUCAGCCACGAAAUUUUCGCUCGGCUCGAUGAACUAUUGCAUGCUCAAUGCGUCUCAAUGAUUUCAACCUCGACUGUCUUUCAUGCUUCUCAAAAUCCCUCUCUCAAAUGUUUGUUUGCAAAGCCAAACCAUGAUAAAGAAUUAAUUAUCUAUCUAUCUAUCUAUCUAUCUAUCUAUCUAUCUAUCUAUCUAUCUAUCUAUCUAUCUAUCUAUCUCACUCUUUUUCUAUCUAUCUAUCUAUCUAUCUAUCUAUCUAUCUAUCUAUCUAUCUAUCUAUCUAUCUAUCUAUAUCACUCCUUUCUUUUCUUUCUUUCUUUCUUUCUCACUCUUUUUCUAUAUAUCUAUCUCACCCCUUUUCUAUCUAUCUAUCUAUCUAUCUAUCUAUCUAUCUAUCUAUCUAUCUAUCUCACUCCUUUUCUAUCUAUCUAUCUCACUCUUUUCUUUUCUUUCUUUCUUUCUUUCUUUCUUUCUUUCUCACUCUUUUUCUAUGUCUAUCUCACUCCUUUUCUAUCUAUCUAUCUAUCUAUCUAUCUAUCUAUCUCACUCUUUUUUUUUCUUUCUUUCUUUCUUUCUUUCUUUCUUUCUUUCUUUCUUUCUUUCUCACUCCUUUUCAUUCUAUCUAUCUAUCUAUCUAUCUAUCUAUCUAUCUAUCUCAUUUUCUAUCUAUCUAUCUAUAUCACUCCUUUUUUUCUUUCUCACUCUUUUCUAUAUAUCUAUCUCACUCCCUUUCUAUCUAUCUAUCUAUCUAUCUAUCUAUCUAUCAAAGUACUGUGA